UUUCUCCCAUCUUCUAUACAGUUCGAAUCGAAUUGCAUUUUCAGUUUACUUUCCUUGCUUGCGUGUUGCGUGUAGUUAACUGUGGUUAAACAAGAACUAAAUUACAAAAAUAACUUUGUUGAUAUUAUUUAUUGAUUAAUGAAAUAAAACCUGGGAGUGAUAUUCUUAAAUAAUGACGAAGAAAGCAAUUGAUUUUCAUUCCAACUUUGCCGGUUAUUUGGCUCUUGACAACCACAUAAUGUGGGAUGCGUACACACCAUCUCAAUUCACUUUGUUCAAAGAAAAAUUACACAAUUUGUAUCGACAUGUUGGAAACUGUAGUUUGGCAACAAUAAAAGCCAUGGACAAGAAUCGUCAAGCGAUUUACGAGAGCACGAUUGCCCAAGCAAAAUAUACAAACAAAAAUUUGCUAUCAACAUUUAUAUUAGUAACUGUGGCUAAAGGUGAAACCUUUUUGAAUGCUCGGGAUGCAACUACAUUUUCGGUCCAUUUGGUUGUUCGGACUAGGAAAUGUUUAAAAAACAACAACAGUAGGAAUUCUUGUAUGAUUUUUAUUGACGAACAUGGACGUGUCUACAAAAACUGGAAUUCCUACAUAGCUGAUAAUCUCUUACCGGAAGGUGUUGCACUGGCGCCUUCUAAUGGCUGUUAUUCAUAUGAAAACGGAAAACUCUGCGUCGAAUCUUGGCCAACACCAUCAUCUAAACCCAGGAGCAAAUUGGUGGACAUUACAGAUGUAGCCGCAAAUGUCGGUGCAUUCACUGCUGCGGGAAUAACUAUAGCCGCACUAGCCUUACCAGUUGCUGCGCCUUUGAUGGCACUGUCGGGUUUUGUAGGAAUAAGUACCGGUAUAUAUACAACUGUCAGAUCGGGAUGGCAACUCCAAGAUCGUAGUAAUCAUGGGCAGACAAUUGCUUUGACUGAUAGUCAGUCAAGGGGUUGUUGGCUUGGUUUAACAACAGGAGCUUUGGCUGUUUCUUCAUCUGUGACUAACAAAUUAAUUCAAAACCUUGCAACCGCGGGUCGUGAUGUAACAUUGUUAGAAGAAGUAGUGGUGAAUGGAAUGAAUAUAGCAGCAAUGAUGCUUUCGGGCACAGGUGUUGUUAACGGAGUUGUGUAUAUCAUAAUUAAAAUCGCAGAUGAUGAAGAAACCACACCAACUGAUUGGCUUCAACUAGCUGGUUCUUUAGCAAUAUUUACACAUUCAAUUUAUAACUAUCGUUUGGCAUCAAAUAUUAUGUCGCAAAACAGAGCUUCAAGGGGUAGUUUAUUCAAAAACUUAGUUAGACAAAUAUCUGACAAAAUUUUCACUUCCACUAACUCAACACAGGGUAAUGUAGAUGUAAUUCGUUUGACCAAUAUGAUUCCCGAUUCUUAUAUGAAAGUAAGCAAUGCUUUAGCUCUAGCUGAAAAAGUUUACGUUACAUAUAACCAUAUUGUGUUGAGUAAAGAUAAUUUAGAGGAUUGCAUACAGUGCAUUUUUCAAGCUGUGGGAGAAUCGAUAACACAAUAUUUAGCUGAUAAAGCAUUUGUGUUUAUAGGCAGAUUUGGAUCCCAAGUGGAAGGAUAUAUUAAAACAACUUUGUUCUAUGAAACGGCUUUGUGGGAUUUAUACAAAAAGUGUGAAUUCAUUUUGAGAGAUCUAACAAUACGUGGUUUGGAUGCGAGUAUCAACAAUAUUUUUAGUUUGCUCUUGCAACAUUAUAAACAAAUGACAUGGAGAGACCCUUGUGAUAAAGUAUUUUGUUGUAAAGAAUGCGGUGGUUCUUAUACUGUGACGUCUUGAACUGAGACUUUAGAAGCACAAUAAUUAUCACAACAGAAAGAACUAGCAUAAUUUAAUAAUUUCUCAAAAUGGAGCAUCUAAAUUGUUUUAUUUUCGAAAACAACUUACUCAAACUAUAUGUACAACUCAGACUCGAUUUUACUUUCUUUUUAAUAAAAUAU